CGCCCGGGACCCCCACGGGGCUGCCCAAAGGCACUGCCGGCGCCGUGACCCAGAGCCUGCCUCGGACGCCCACGGCCACCACCGGCGGGAUCCGGGCCACCCUGACGCCCACCGUGCUGGCUCCCCGUCUGCCGCAGCCGCCCCAGAAUCCGACCAACAUCCAGAACUUCCAGCUGCCCCCAGGAAUGGUCCUCGUGCGGAGCGAGAACGGGCAGUUGCUAAUGAUCCCGCAGCAGGCCCUCGCACAGAUGCAGGCACAGGCCCACGCUCAGCCGCAGACCACCAUGGCGCCACGCCCUGCCACCCCCACAAGUGCCCCUCCUGUCCAGAUCUCCACCGUGCAGGCACCUGGGACGCCUAUUAUUGCACGGCAGGUGACCCCAACUACCAUAAUUAAGCAAGUGUCUCAGGCCCAGACGACGGUACAGCCCACCACAACACUACAGCGGUCUCCCGGCGUCCAGCCUCAGCUUGUUCUGGGUGGUGCUGCCCAGACGGCUUCCCUCGGGACGGCGACAGCUGUUCAGACGGGGACUCCUCAGCGUACGGUCCCAGGGGCGACCACCACCUCCACAGCUGCCACGGAAACUAUGGAAAACGUGAAGAAAUGUAAAAAUUUUCUAUCUACAUUAAUAAAAUUGGCUUCCUCUGGCAAACAGUCUACAGAGACAGCAGCUAAUGUGAAAGAGCUAGUACAGAACUUACUGGAUGGAAAAAUCGAAGCAGAAGACUUCACUAGCAGGUUAUACCGAGAACUUAAUUCUUCACCUCAACCUUAUCUUGUGCCUUUCCUGAAGAGGAGCUUACCCGCCUUGAGACAACUGACCCCCGACUCAGCGGCCUUCAUCCAGCAGAGCCAGCAGCAGCCGCCGCCUGCCUCACAGGCCACCACCGCGCUCACAGCUGUGGUGCUGAGCGGCUCGGUCCAGCGCACGGCUGGGAAGACGGCGGCUACCGUGACCAGUGCCCUCCAGCCCCCUGUGCUCAGCCUCACACAGCCCACGCAGGUUGGCGUUGGCAAACAGGGGCAGCCCACACCGCUGGUGAUCCAGCAGCCUCCGAAGCCAGGAGCCCUGAUCCGGCCCCCGCAGGUGACGUUGACGCAGACGCCCAUGGUCGCACUGCGGCAGCCUCACAACCGGAUCAUGCUCACCACGCCUCAGCAGAUCCAGCUGAACCAGCUGCAGCCAGUCCCUGUGGUGAAACCCGCCGUGUUACCUGGAACCAAAGCCCUUUCUACUGUCUCGGCACAAGCAGCUGCUGCACAGAAAAAUAAACUCAAGGAGCCUGGGGGAGGUUCGUUUCGGGAUGAUGACGACAUUAAUGAUGUUGCAUCGAUGGCUGGAGUGAACCUCUCGGAAGAAAGUGCAAGAAUAUUAGCCACGAACUCUGAAUUAGUAGGCACGCUGACCCGGUCCUGUAAGGAUGAGACCUUCCUCCUCCCUGCGCCUUUACAAAGAAGAAUAUUAGAAAUAGGUAAAAAGCAUGGCAUAACGGAGUUACACCCAGAUGUAGUAAGUUAUGUAUCACACGCCACGCAGCAAAGGUUACAGAAUCUUGUAGAAAAAAUAUCAGAAACGGCUCAGCAAAAGAACUUCUCGUAUAAGGACGAUGACAGAUAUGAGCAGGCGAGUGAUGUCCGGGCUCAGCUCAAGUUCUUCGAGCAGCUUGAUCAGAUUGAGAAGCAGAGGAAGGAUGAGCAGGAGCGGGAGAUUCUGAUGCGGGCAGCCAAGUCUCGAUCAAGACAAGAAGAUCCAGAACAAUUAAGGUUGAAACAGAAGGCAAAAGAGAUGCAGCAACAAGAACUGGCACAGAUGAGACAGCGAGAUGCCAACCUCACGGCGCUAGCAGCGAUUGGGCCCCGGAAGAAGAGGAAAGUGGACUGUGUGGGCCCAGGCUCGGGCACAGAGGGGUCUGGCCCAGGCUCAGUAGUCCCAGGCAGCUCCGGCGUUGGAACCCCCAGACAGUUCACGCGACAAAGAAUCACGCGGGUCAACCUCAGGGACCUCAUAUUUUGUUUAGAAAAUGAGCGUGAGACAAGCCAUUCACUGUUGCUCUACAAAGCAUUCCUCAAGUGACACAGCGCGGUGUUCGACAGAGACGCCUGGGGACGUUUUUAUAUAUUUGCAGAUUACGCCUUUUUGUAACAAGCAAAUGGGAUAUUGUUUAAAAAACAGCCACCUCUUUACAAUGGAACAGUUUUAUAUUCCUGUUUCUAAAUCAACUCUUCAGUAUGAAAGAAAAUCCGUUUCUGUAACAGAGAAUACAAAGGCCUGUGGAUACUCUUAAGGACAAUUAAAUCUUACUCAUCUUUGAUUGAGUGGCCUUCUUGCCAAACAAGCCAUAUAUAAAGACUGACGGAUCGUUCAGCAAGUAACUAGCUGCCCUGUCGCUGUAGCAGUGUCUACCUUAUUUGUGCAUUUUGGUUUAGUUCAACCUAACUCACUGUGUAGUGUGUGUCUACAGCAGGUGACCUCAUUUCAUUUGUUUUAUUUUUGUAAUAGUCAGUUGGCAAAGCAAACUGAUUUUUAGACUAUUUAUCUUGCUUUACCUCCCUUCCCUUCCCUU